AUGUUCAGGGACUAUGAUGGGAUUCUUCUCCAUAACGAUAGGUCAUCCUACACUGCCCAAAACAGUCAAAAAUGUUGCCAAAGCCCCCAGCUCAGAACGACCAGCAGUAACGCCAGAAUCAACGGGGAGGAGUCGCAAGAAUCUGACACUGACUUGCGUCGGCCACUCCUUGCUCUCACAGUAGCUGAUAUCGGCACGGUCGAUACACUCGUUGAAGGCGAGCUUAUGAAAUGGUUUGAUCUUACGGAAGCCUGGAACGCAGUGCUUCUUAUUGAUGAAGCCGAUAUCUUCCUCGAACGAAGGCAGAAUCGAGGCCUCGCUCGAAACGGGCUGGUAUCAGCCUUCCUUAAAAGGAUGGAGUACUUUAAGGGUUUGCUGUUCCUGACUACCAAUCGCGUUGGACAAAUAGACGACGCCUUCAUCUCACGCGUACACGUCGCAAUCGGAUACCAGGCCCUCGACGAAGAGACCAGACGAAAAGUUUGGAAUGGCUUUUUUCGCAAGCCGGUGCGCGAUCGCGCUGGCAAGGUACAGAUCGUACCAGACGCAAAGAAAUGGGUUCUUGGCACCGUUGGGGAGACGAGCUUCAACGGGGGAGACAUUCGCAAUGCAUUACAGACAGCCAUCACCCUAGCAGAGUUUGAAAGCGAAGAAGACCCGGAGUAUGAUGCUGCAUUGGUGACAGUUGUCCAUAAGGCUCAUUUCCAGAAGGUUCUGGAGAUGUGCAAUCGAUUCCGCAGUUAUGUGACAAGUAUACGGAGGGAAGACGAGAUGAAGUGA